AUGGAACUGACAGGAGCAUGGCACUGGGUGCUGGGGGCAGACAAAGCCCGAUUGUUCGAAGGCUCUUUCCCCCCCCCCCACCCCCCACCUCCCGCAGUGCCUGGGUCUGCACCACAGCCUGGGACAGGGGCGGGUACCAGCUUGGUGACACACGCUUUCUUCCUGGCUGGUUUUGCUCUGUCUUGCGAGGACACUGAGUUUCUCCAGCACCCACAGAGGGAGUUACGGGCAGGAAUGGCCAUGAAGAUGCUGAUUGUAACACUGGUUCUGGUCGCUGCAGCCCAGACAGAGGAACAGAAUAAGGUGCUGCACGGUGGACCCUGUGAGCAGACGUCUCACCCCUACCAAGCUGCCCUUUACACCUCAGGCCACUUGCUCUGCGGGGGGGUCCUCAUUCAUCCACUGUGGGUCCUCACCGCUGCCCACUGCAAAAAACCGAAUCUUCAGGUCUAUCUGGGUAAGCACAACCUUCAGCAAAGGGAGAUUUUCCAGGAGGAGAGCUCUGUCGUCUGGACUGCGGUCCACCCUGGCUACAACGCCGCCACCCACGACCAGGACAUCAUGCUGUUGCGCCUGUCACGUCCAGCCAAAUUCUCUGCACACAUACAGCCCCUGUCCCUGGAAAGAGACUGCUCAGCCAACCACACCAGCUGCCACAUCCUAGGCUGGGGCAAGAUGGCAGAUGGUGAUUUCCCUAACAUCAUCCAGUGUGCAUACCUCCACCUGGUGCCCCAUGAGGAGUGUGACCGUGCCUACCCUGGCCAGAUCACCCCAAACAUGGUGUGUGCCGGGGACGAGAAGCACGGGAAGGACUCCUGCCAGGGUGAUUCUGGGGGUCCGUUAGUGUGUGGCGACCGUCUCCGAGGCCUUGUGUCAUGGGGUAACAUCCCCUGCGGAUCCAAGGAGAAGCCAGGCGUCUACACCGACGUCUGCAGAUACGGCCACUGGAUCCGAAAAACCAUUCAGGCCAACUGA